CUACAACGGAGUUUGUUAGGCAGGCAGAGUGGCCUGCAUCAUGAUGGUAGCUACUUACUUCCUUUCUGCACAACGCCAUACCAAGUUCCUGUCUCACCUUCUGUCACCAUUGAUUGCUAUUUGGCUCUCCCUCUAAUGGCUUGUUGACUUUAUUGAAAUUUGCGUCGUUCGAUCUAAAAUCAUAUCACCAAGGGAACUUCCACCGUUUCGGAUCCGUGCCCCUUUCUCCUUGUUGCCGCUUCGAUACCCAUGCACUUCGACUGGAGAAGACGGGAGCUGUUCUGGCUCCUGGUCGGGGUGGCGCCGCUUCUCUCCGAUGCUCUGAGUCCUGAAGAUGCUGUGAUUCUUCCAGGACCCGUACUCCCAUCACCACUCCAUCCGCCACCGUCUGUACCAGCAGAGCACACCUUCAAGCUCCGACACAUCUACCAUCACGGAACGUAUCGAUACCCUCGACUCCAUCGGAAACAAGACGUCGGCAUUCGAUCUGAGCCACGAGUCUGGCUGGCAGCAGAGGAUGAAUACGAAAAAGAAGAGCUAGGACCUUUGAGAGCACGAAGUGUACCCCUCAACAUAGAGAGGUUGGUAGACCGCCGGCCAUCGACCGUCGACCCCAUGGUUGCCGCUGCCCGUGAGCGUGGAUAUGUCACAACACUCUCCCCAACAGCCUGGACUAUUGAUGAAACGUCAGGUCCGGAUACGUCCGACAAGAACACAGUCUUGAGCCUCGCCCUCAUGGCUGCGAACGCUUACGUGGAGAACGAGGAUGAGGCAGAUUGGGAGGAUGUCGGGGAUCCCUUUCACAAAGACUUGGACUUUGGGUGGGAGGAUGACGGACUGCGUGGCCACGUAUUCGCCGACGAGACCAACUCGACCAUCGUGAUAGGGCUCAAGGGCACCAGCAUGGCCGUUUUCGACGGAGAAGGGACUACGACAAACGACAAGGUCAACGACAAUUUGUUUUUCAGCUGCUGCUGCGCGCAGCAGGGACAGUGGACGUGGCAUCAAGUUUGCGACUGUGCCACUUCGACCUAUACUUGCAACAACACCUGCGUCGUCGAGGCUCUCCGAGAAGAGCACCGGUACUACGCAGCCGCCCGGGAGCUGUACUCGAACGUUACCGAGCUGUACCCUCAUUCCAACGUCUGGCUCGUUGGGCACUCUCUUGGCGGGGCUGUCAGUUCUCUCAUGGGCUUGACCUAUGGCCUACCCGUCGUCACUUUUGAAGCAGUUCCAGAAGCGCUGGCGGCCGGGCGGCUAGGCCUGCCAGUUCCGCCAGGCGCUCGGCAAGACCUGCCCCAGGCGCGCAAGAAUACUGGGGCUUUCCACUUUGGCCACACCGCAGACCCGGUCUACAUAGGAACCUGCCAUGGGGCAACGGCCUCGUGUUCCUUUGCUGGCUACGCGCUGGAAUCGGCCUGCCAUACGGGACAGGAAUGCGUGUACGACGUGGUUGCCGACAAAGGGUGGAGAGUGGGCAUCGGGACGCACCGUAUCAGGUCCGUUAUAAACGAUGUCAUCUUGCAGUACGACGAAGUGCCCAAGUGCGCCUCGACGCCCGAAUGCCGCGAUUGCGCCAAAUGGAAGAUGUACGAGAGCAACGGGACCGAAACUACUACGACAUCUCUGCCCUCGACGACAUCCACAACACGAACGCGGACAGAGACUUGCAAGACACCUGGCUGGUGGGGAUGCCUGGAUGAGACGACGACAGGUAUCGCGUCAACGACUAGUGUAACUUCGACUUCGACUUCCACAUGCGAGACUCCGGGAUGGUUCGGCUGCAAGGACAAGACGGCAUCAAUGACAACGACAACGACAACCGAUGCCACUACGACGUCUGAGACAACGACUACUUGUCUUAUACCAGGGCGGUUCUGGGGAUGUUACGACGACCCAACUUCGGCGACUUCCCACGCGAGCCCUUCCAUUACCGAAGCACCGACCAUAACAGCACCAAGUUCAUCCCCCAUCUCCAAAGCCCCCCCAUUGGAGCCAACCUGCCGGCAGAGGAGCUGGUUUGGGUGGUGCCGGGAGUGGGAUAUGGCAGUAAUUGAGUGGGAACCCGAGGAAAUAUAAAGGGCAUUUUGAAAUGGCUGUAGCUUCUUCCGAGCAUUUGAGGAUUAGCAUUGGACGUAGGGCGUUAUGGAACUCGGGGAUUGGCGUUGGGUUUAUUUAGAGCUAAGAGGUAUUAUUCCUACGGCAUCAGCUUUGACCGCCAGUUACAAGACCAUGGCCUGUUCAAAGCAAUCAAAUUUGACAUGCAUUCGUGCUAUGUCCCUUGUCCUAGGUCUGCUCGGAUUCGAAGACGAUGUGUUCGACACGAUUAUAAACUAGUUCGGACUUUUCUACGCAUUAACGUAUAGGCAUAAUACUUGUUUGUCUUUUAGACGCGUUAACAAGGCCAUUGUAUGAUAAGAUAUAAAC